GCUCGCCGACCGCGCGGUCUAACGGAGAGACGCUUUCUCUUUUAUUUUUCCCCCAUUGACGACGCUGCGUGCGCGUCUCUCCCGCAAGAAACAACAACAACAAUAAGAAUAAGAACUGUGAACGGUGCAUAAAUAAAACACACGAAAAUAUACAUAUGUAUAUAUUUGCUAGGCAUUUAGAAUUAAUGCACAAAAAAAAAGAAACGCCACAAAAAAAAGAAAACAAAACAAACAAACGAAGUGAUGACAGCCAAAAGUAAUAACAGUACUUAAAUCGCGGCACAAGAACGUAAACACAAAAUCGUGUGUAAAGUGAAUUCCAUGGGAAAAAGACGAGAAGAAGAGUACAAGAAGUACAAGAACAACAGCAUGAGGACGCCGACAGCGACGCCGGCAGAGGCAGCGGCAGUGGCAGCAGCAGCGGCAGCGGUCGAGACAAUUCGAAUUUCUUUGGAUGCUGAUGGACUAACGGUGCUUUAGUGGUUGUUUGCGUGUGUGUGUGUGUGAGUGUGCGUGUAAAGUAAAGCGGAAAACAGCAGAAACUGAAUGUGCAACCGAAGCAAGGCAGCGUAAAAUAAAAACCAUAAAGUAUAACAAGAGCGGUGGAGGGAUCGGUGAAAAGCGUUAACCGAAGCCAAGAAAAAAUUAAAACCGAAAACCAACAUCAAAAGUUGCCAACUUUUUUUGCGACCGCAGCAGCCGAAGAAGCAGCGGCGUCAGCAGCGACGCCCGACUGCAGCCAGCGUCGCGCUGGCAACAACAAAUUGCGAUGCCUGGACUUGUGGUCUUCAGACGUCGCUGGUCUGUGGGCUCUGAUGAUCUCGUGGUGCCGGGCGCAUUUCUCCUGACGAUUCAUUUUAUAUGUUUUGUGAUUGUUAGCGUCUCGUUGGUUAUCUUUGAGUAUAAUACACAAAUUUUAAGCGUAAAAUUAUUGUUCUACCAUCUAAUAGGCUACUUGUUGAUACUAUUUUUUUCAAUAUGUGUAGAAAUAGGUAUAUGUGUGAUCUCGAUGCGUGGCAGUAUUCUAGAUGCCGAGGCGCGCAACUCUAUCAACAUCUGGAUAUAUCUCAAGAGCUUGGUAAUACUGUUCGAUAUUGCCUGGCUGGCGGUGGGCUCCGUUUGGCUGGGGCAUUACUACACCACCGCACCCAUCGAUGAUCCCAAAAAGGUCUACAUUGCCAUUAUCAUCUGCAAUUGGGCUCUGGUGGUGAUCACCCUCAUCACUAUAUGGUGCACUUUCGAUGCUGCCGGAAGAUCCUGGGUGAAGAUGAAGAAGUACCAGAGAUCAAUGCGCGAAACGGAGUCUCGAUUCAACUAUAAAAGAAGCAACAGUAUGAACCGUAACUGGCGGCAAAGAAAAGUGAUGCGAGCCUACCAGGACAGCUGGGACCAUCGCUGCCGUCUGCUUUUCUGCUGCAUGGGCUCCUCGGAACGCAACCGGAACUCAUUCACCGACAUUGCCCGCCUGCUGAGCGAUUUCUUCCGGGAACUGGACGUGGUGCCAUCGGAUGUGGUUGCCGGUCUCGUCCUGCUACGCAAAUUCCAGCGGCUGGAACGCGAGGCCAUCGUGCGGCAGCGCAAGAAUGGGACCUACGAGUUCCUCAGCGGCGUACCCAUCACGGAACGUACCCAGUUCCUAGCACUCAACGAUGCCAAAAACUACGACUUCUUUCAGACGGUCAUCCACUACAUGUACUAUGCCCAGGGCGCCUACGGCUGGCCCAUGUACGUGAUCAACAAUCGAACCAAGAUGUGGCAUUUGGUGCCGGAACUAAAAUGCUUUGGCUGCUGUUGCGGCAGUAGCGAUGAUACGGAGGUUAUCCGGGACAAUUGCUGCCUGUGCAACUACGCGGCGCUGAAAAAGACGCUCCAGAUGGGCGACAUCGACAUCGUCUAUGCCACCUACCACGUGGACGUGGGCGAGACGCCCUUCUUUGUGGCCGUCGACUACACCCAUCGGGCGGUGGUGAUCAGCAUACGUGGCACCCUCGGCAUGAAGGACAUCCUCACGGAUCUGAAUGCCGAGGGCGAAGUUCUGCCGCUGCAGCCGCCGCGUGACGAUUGGCUGGCCCACAAGGGCAUGGUGCAGGCGGCGAUCUAUAUACGCAACAAGCUGCAGGAGGAGAACCUCAUCGAGAGGGCACUGCAGCGGAAUCCCGAUCGCCAGACGCACACCUUUGACCUGGUCCUGGUCGGUCACUCCCUGGGCGCCGGCACGGCGGCCAUACUUGCCAUACUCCUGAAGCCUGAACAUCCGACGCUCCAGUGCUUCAGUUACUCUCCGCCCGGUGGUCUGCUCAGUAUGCCCGCCGUGGAGUACUCCAAGUCGUUCAUCACCUCGGUGGUGCUGGGCAAGGACGUGGUGCCGCGCAUCGGUCUCAAUCAAAUGGAAGCCUUGCGAGCGGACCUCAUCAAUGCCAUUCAGCGCAGUGUGGAUCCCAAGUGGAAGACCAUUUCCUGUUCGGUCAUCUGUUGUGGCUGUGGACCGGAGCCCACUUCUGUGGUCAACAUGUCCGGCCAGGACACGCACAUCAAUCAGUACCAGGAGGAGCGCGGCACUGCCCGUUCGACCAGCGCCCAUCCCACGGACAGCUCGAUAGCUUUAACCCUGCACCAGCCCUUAUAUCCGCCCGGUCGCAUCAUCCACAUAGUGCGACACCAUCCCAAACCCGACGAGCAAAAAUACGACAGUGGUUGGAGGAAUGUGCUGAAGAAUCGGGAACCCGUAUACCAGGCCAUCUGGGCGGACUCCACGGACUUCGAUGAGGUGCUCAUCUCGCCGGUGAUGCUGCAGGAUCACAUGCCCGACAAGAUCCUCGCCGCCCUGAAGAAGGUCGUGUCUUGUAGAGAUCGAACCGUAAAGGCAUGUACCACUCGUAGACGUAAUGAUAACACGACAAUAACUACAACUACAACAGUUACAACAACAACUACGACAACACAAAAUACAGAUACCAGUGGGCCACGCAAGCCCCAGCGCCAGACCUCCAAUGCAUUCUCCACCGGAUCGAACGAAGCCCACGAUCACGAUGCGGAACUGGAGCCGCCCCAUUGCAGCGGUCAAAGGGAGACGACGACGAAUGGCACGAUGAGAUUCGACCCCGAAACGGAUCCCAACCAGAUGCGAUCCUCGAUGUCGCAGUCGCAACACUGCAAGCGGCCCUCGCAAAGUUCCUACACGAACCUGAGCAACUGCCUCGUCCUGACGCCGACUACGCAGCACAAGCUGUGCCUGGAGACGUCCUUCACCAACGGCUCCGCCCCGCACCAACCAGCUCCACAGCAGCGCCUGGCCUCGGCGGCCUCGUCGCUCCUAAGCUCGGCCACCACGCCGUACGACAUAUCAAGUGCUCUGGACGACAGCCUGGCCACGGUGGCCCUGCGCCAGAGUCCCUCGCUGAUCAGCGCCGAGACGACGGCCACCGUAAUUGGUAAUAAUCCCGAGACGGAUGUGGACCCCGAACCCAUGGCAGAGAUGGCCAUGCCGCGCCUCAAGGCGGUGGCCUUCGAUAUGGCCCUGACUCCACCGCCUUUGCUGCCGGAGAGGUCCCUGCUCGGGCGCCAGCAUUCCGAGAAGAAGCCACGUUCCCUGCCGCUGGCACAAGUCCAGGCCCUUCGCCGCGCUUCGGAUGCGGGCGCAGUGCCUGGUGUGGAUCUUCUGCACGACGACUGGUAUGGUCUGGCCCCGCUGGCCAGUCCCGAGACGCUCUCCGAGAUCUCCAGCGUCUCCUCGCGCACCAGUGUGCCCAUCAGUCUGGCCAACAGCAUUGAGCGCUAUCUGCAGCACAUGGGCGUGGGCAUGGGUGCACCCAAAGUGCCGCUGGAGGACAUCUUCGAGUCGCAGCUGCACACGCCCAAGGUGAUGAGGCGGGCGCCCAAGUUUAGCGAGAAUCUGGCCGGCUGUGCGGAGGACACCAGGAACCUAGAUCAGUACAAACGGAUGGGACGUGUGUUCAUCACCUUUCCGCGCAUCUUUCCAGAUCAAUCUCCAGCUGCCCAUAGCCUGGACUCCAGCGACGAUAGCUUUGAGUCGGCCUCGGCGCACAGUCUUCAGCGUUUGCAGCUGCCGCAUGGCUCCAAUGCGGUCCAGAGUUCCAAGUCCGCCGAUCCGCUGGACGGGAUGGGGGAUCGAGAUCGGGAUCAGCUGGCGUCGAGGCAAACGCAGCCGGCCAAGAAGUUGACCUUCAGCGACAGCGAUAUCCUUUCGGAUGCGGACUGCCUGCGGCUGUGUCCCUACUGCCCCUGCGAUCGGGAUGUCCAGCGUGGCUGCUGCACUCGCUCCGAGCACGCCAGGUGCGCCAAUGAGAUGUCCGAGGGGCAAGGAGGUCAGGGCGCCAUGGGAUUGGGCUCCACCGACACUAGUUUCUACAGUGCCAGCUCGUCGCUGGAACAGUUUGCCACGCCGGCCAGGCAGAAUGGUGGCCCCCACCUGGAGGAGAUUAUCAUGCGUCCCGGCGUCCUGGAGUCCCAUUUUCCCGUUCUCGGCGCUGGCAGUGUGAUGGAGACCCCUGCCCUGGUCGCACCCGCCUCACCAUCUCCGCUGAGCAAUGGCAAGCGACCGGAUGUGGUGGGUGGCCGGGUGAGGAAGCGCCUCUCCUCCGAGGAGUUCGUCUUCACCAGGGCCGAGGACAUGGUGCCCAGCCUAGUACAAAUGGGUGAUAGGAGCUCCGGCUCUCCGGCGAAUCGCAGGCGGGGCAAGGCCUGUGUCUAUCCGGCCGGGAACAGUCUCCGCUUGGAUGCAGCUGCCGGCGCAGCCAAUGCUGCAGUUGCCACCGCAUCGCCCACGUCCAUUAGCAAAUUUACCCGAUCCCGUGUGGCCGCUGGAGGAUCGGCAGCCAAGCAGGCCGCCGCCAAUAACGAAAGUAACGUUUAAUAGUUCUAAGUUGUAAGCAGUACCUUACCCGGACCGAGCGAUCGAUGAUGCUUGAAACUCGAAACUCAAAUCUCGAAACUCUUAACUCGUGACACUUGUAAUCCCGACCCAAAAUCGGUACAAUUAUGCCGUUUGCCAUUGCUUUCACACAAGCGAUCCACAAAGUCAGUUGAUUAUAAAAAAAAAGAAAAGAAACUAACAUUUUGCAUACCGAUUACCUAAGGAACAACAUUUAGCGUUAACACGGGCGUUUACUAUUAAAUAAAUGCAAUAUAUAUAUAUAUUUUUUUUUGUGCAGCCAAACCCUAAGCGACGACAAAUUUUAAUAAAACGUUUUAAAAAAUGAUA